AUGGCCCGCCUCAGCGCCGAAAACAGCAUCGAACACCUCGCCGCCCUCAAAACCCCCGAUCAGAAAGGUUCCCGCAAGUCCAACCGCUUCAAGGACUUCUUCAAGGGCAGCAACUCUCGUGCUAGCCUCAGCUCCGGCCACAACAUGUCACCACCAGGCGCUUCUCCGACCGGAGGCGUGGAGAACUUCAAGCCUGGCUUUGAGAAGGUGGGACUGCAUCCUUCGGAACGUUCGCCGGGUUCCGAGGAGCUGGGAUUUCUCCCUCCUGAGCGAUCUCGUACACUGGAUCUGGAUGAGUGGGAGAAGUUGAAGGAAGAGAAUAAGGAGAUGGGUCACAUGGCCAAGAUGCGGUUGUACAAGGAGCGAGAGGAGAUGAGAAAGCGCGAGGGUGUUGAGGGGGAGAACGACGUCGAGGGUCCACAGCGUGAGCGUUCGAGGGAUGAGAGCGUAAAAGCGAUGGAAGUGCCCGGUAUCGAGGGCGAUUUGGAAGAAGGUUUGCCGACAGCUGACAUUGCCCCCGCUGCCGUGAGCAAGGAAGCUGCAUCUCCCACCAAUAUUGCUCAAGAGCAGGAGCGGGACUAUGCCAUCAGUGCGGCCAUCGAAGCACUAGAGGAGACUAUUCACGAUGUAUGCGAGGGGUCCACGUCUGUGGACGAUCUUCGCGCCAGUGCUCAGAACCAAGUACUUCCAGAUGAAUCAAUCUUGAACAUUGGCGACCCGCUCGAAUACGCAUCAAUCCGCGCCAACGCAUCUGAGUCGAACGAGCAACAGAUCUCGGAUGCCAUAGCCCGGCACGAGUUCCGCUUUCACCGCUUCCGAGUUGCAGAUGUCGACUCCAUUGACCCACGCACCAGCACCGCUCGCCGCACCCGUAGUUCGAAGAUCGCCGCAGAGCUCGAAGGCAUAUCCAACACAGUGUUGCCUGCCAUAAGAAUCUUCAAGAUUGGCCCAUGUCAAUUGGAGGACACUUCCGCCACUCGGACUCUUAGAGAGUCUUUCUUGCCUCUGACAUAUUGCUCCCUCUUCUUCUUCAAGGCAAUGCAGGGCCCGUCCGAGUUCUUCGUCGCAUUGUGGAAAAUGUGUGCCUUGGCACUCGCAUACAAUGGCCUCGGGAAACUUCUGGGUUGGCACGAAGAUGGGUCGAGCGAUGUGUUACUUGCACCAGCCGAAGAUCUCGCUCAGGAGGUGAAGCGACGCUGCCUGGAGAUGAUGACGACGUUGUUGCAAGCUUUUGCACAGGCUAUUGCGGUUGCAAUGCGAGAGUUGGAUGUGGAAGAUGACGAUUGA